CUAAGGUUGUGUGUAGAGAACUGGGCUGUGUGAAUGCUAUAGCUGCAUCUAGAGGACCUCUGGUUGAAGAGGGAAGAGGAGGAGUCAAACUUUUUGGUUGCAGGGGAGAGGAAUAUUCUCUUAGAGCGUGUGACAUCAGCGGAGGACCUGGUGUCUGUGAUGGUAGAUAUUAUGGUCAUGUGAUCUGUUCAGAUGAAUUAUCCAUCAGACUGGUGAAUGGGACCAGUUCCUGCUCUGGGACAGUGGAAGCAUUUUAUGAAGGAGAGUGGUUAGGUCUAUGUUUUUGGUGGUUGUGGGGCAUGAGGCUGGCUGAGAUUGUGUGUAGAGAGGUGGGCUGUGGGAAUGCUGUAGCUACAUCUAUAGGACAUCUGUUUGAAAAGGAUGAAGGAGUUGUAGGACUGAGUUGUAGGGGAGAUGAGUCUUCUCUGGGACAGUGUCGCAUUUUUGGAGGAGGACCUGGUGCCUGUAAGAGUUUUUAUGAUCGUCAUGUGAUCUGUUCAGAGUCUGUGCGGCUUGUGGGGGGAGCUGGUUUCUGCUCCGGGAGAGUGGAGGUGAAGUCCAGUCAGUCCUGGGCCUCAGUGUGUGAUGCUGACUUUGACCAGCAGGAUGCAGAGGUAGUCUGUGGGGAGCUUGGCUGUGGGGCUCCUGCAGCUCUACAGGGGGGGCUCUAUGGAGAAAGUCAGGGUCUGACCUGGGAUAAAGAGUUCCAGUGUAAUGGCAAUGAGUCCCUUCUCCUGGACUGUGACACCUCAGACCGAAAAAAGAACAACUGCCUACCUGGUAAUGCUGUUGGACUCACCUGCUCAGAGGUUGAUUAUGUGAGGCUGGUGGAAGGAGGCAGUCGCUGUGCUGGUAGAGUGGAGUGGUACGACCAGGGAGAGUGGAGGACCGUGGGAACUGAUGAAUGGGAGGAUGUAGCUGCAGUAGUGUGUAGACAGCUGGGUUGUGGCUCCACUUUUUCAGUAGUACCUGGAAACACCAUUAAAGGAAUUGGAAUUGGCUGUGACGGGACUGAGCCUGCACUGAGAGAGUGUAGAAGAACACAAUACUUUGACUAUUCAUUCACAGUGAUCUGCUCAGAUCUCUUGGUCCAGCCUGAGAUCUCCCUGACUGACUCAAUGGGAGGGGUCUUCAGGGGCUACCAGGGGCCCGAGAUGUUCAGGGGCUACAACUUCACCCUCACCUGCUCCACUCAGCCACAGUACCCAGGAGGCUCCUUCCUCCUCACUUUCACCAGCUCGAACAGAACCCAGACCCAGACAGCUGUCAAUCACUCUGCUGCCUUCCUCUUCCCUGCUGCAGAUGACUCCCACCAAGCCUCUCCUCUGCCAGCCUUCAUCAUCAGACACAUUGUAGUGCUGCUGAUCCUACUGACAGCCAACACCACCUCCUACCUGUACUUCAAGGUAAAGACAUUCACUCAGAUGUGACAAGCCAAAUGUUUGUAUUUGAGCAGAUUGAUAUUUCAGUUGUUAUGAGGGGCUGAUUUGUUAUGGGGAUGCCCCCAAUUUUUUUGUUUGAUGACUGAUUGAAUAUAUUAGUAGUCUGGUAGAAAACUGGACUGUAUCUGUGACUUUAUGUUAUGUGAUUAACCAGUUGUGUAUCUAUUGGGGGGAGGGAGAGACGGAGAGGGAGAUUUACCAUGGUUAGCUAAUCAUCAACUGAUUUGACCCUGUGUUGACUAGUUGCCAUUUUUUAAGUGUCAGAGUGUACAAAACAUUAAGAACACCUUCCUAAUAUUGAGUUGCAACCGCUCUUGCCCU